AUGGCGAGCACAGCACUCCUCUCGGCCUAUCUCUGGAAUGGCCACCUCCAAGAAGGGAUAAGCCUCUUCCAGGCAAUCGAGGAGCGCAAUGCAAUCGCCUGGAUGGCAAUAGUGGUUGGCUUUGCUCACAAGGGACUCCUCUUGGAAGCUCGAGUUUGGUUCGAGAGAAUGCCAGAGCAAGACUUGGUCUCAUGGACUGCAAUGGUGGCCAUGUAUGCUUCCACUGGGCAUGUAACUGAGGCCUUGGAAACCUUCCAUAGGAUCAUCCAGGAGAGCAUGAUGCCUGAUCACAUAGUCUUUACAAGCAUGCUUGCAGCAUGCUGCCACUCAGACGUGGUGAAAAUCUCUCGAGACUACUUCCAAUCAAUGAUUUGGGACUAUGGAGUCGAGCCCACAGGAGAACACUAUUGUGGGCUUAUUGACGCAUUUGCAAGGGCUGGAGAGCUGGACAAGGCCGAGGAGCUCAUCCACAACAUGCCCUUCGAGCCCGAAAGCAUUGCUUGGGUCUCACUGUUGGCUGCUUGCCAGAAGAUUCACAAGGAUUUUGAGUGUGGAGCUCGAGCUGCCCAGAGACUCUCGGCGCUAGGGAAGUCCAAACUCAGGAGGUUACAUUCGGUAUUAGAGUGGGUGUCGGAUCCGACUCUAUGCUCAACAAUCAUACUGCUCCCUUCUACCUCAGCUCCUUUGCUUGAAGCUCUCAAGAGAACUGGCGAGGAGCGUGCCGCUGCGUUUCACUUCCCAGGCCACGGCCGCGGCUCCUCAACGCCCUCUUCGAUUUCCAAGCUUCUCGGAGCUCAACUCUUCCAGUUUCAUCUCCCGGAGCUGCCAGGCCUAGAUAACUUGCACUGCCACAAGAAGCCAUAG